AUGAGCAUCACGGCGCCCCGAGACGUCCCGUCCGUCCUUGGUCAGCGUCGCCCUCCGAACGAGCAUCCCAGAUAUGCCAUCAAGUACGAGAAGGAGGAAUUUACUGCCUUAUUUGGAGAAACGAGUAUUUGCUGCUCGCCUCGACGUAAAGGUACUCUGGCGCUCUGCUCAUCGAUCAACCAUCGACAGCCACCUAGCAAGUCCUCGACGUCUCGGUGCCAAGCCCUCGACAGUGCCAAGCCUGACCUGCCAAGCCUCUUACCCCUCGACAGACCUUCGCCACCUGCCAAGCCCUCGACCGUGCCAAGCCCUCGACAGUCUCGACUGUCCCUCGACACGUACCUAACACCAACACCUGCCAAGCCCUCGACACGCUGCCAAGCCCUCGACAGUGCGUACCUAACCAACUCGACAGUACCUUGCCAAGCCCUCGACCUGCCAACGACGUGCCAACCUACGACCUGCCAAGCCCUCGACAGUGUACCUAACACCAACAAGCCUCGACAGUGCUACCUCUGCCAAGCCCUCGACAGUACGUACCUAACACCAACCACCUGCCAAGCCCUCGACACUACGUACCUAACACCAACCACCUGCCAAGCCCUCGACAGUACUUACCUAACACCAACCACCUGCCAAGCCCUCGAGUACCUAACACCAACCACCUGCCAAGCCCUCGCCAAGCCCUCGACACCCUCGACAGUGCUAACACCAAACCUGCCAGCCCUGCCAACCACCUGCCAAGCCCUCGACAGUACGUACCUAACACCAACCACCUGCCAAGCCCUCGACAGUACGUACCUAACACCAACCACCUGCCAAGCCUCGACAGUGCCACCUGCCUCGACACACCAUUCCAGCGACCAGCUCUCCCUCGCGGUUACCAAGAGCAACGGGAGCGACGCCGAGAGGGACGCCAUCAUCGCACCAGCAUUUCGCCAGACGUGCAACAGACAAAAGGAGACGGCCUGCACCCAAAACAUCUUUGUCCCCUUGAUGUACCCUGCAGCUAGAGAAACCCGCCGACGAAGCAAUGAGCAAGGCAUAAUCUUCGCCCGCCGGCCGCGUCGCUGCGACCUUUCUCGAGUUGCAAGCUCAGUCCCGCAGCCUCCCGAAUUAUCUCCCGGCGGCCAGGAUUCCCAGGUCAUCCCUCAGCCCGGCAAAAAUCCUGGGAGGCAUUCCAAAAUAAUCUCGCAGCGGCAGCAUCCCGAGACCAUGUGCAGAAAACCCAUCUUGGCCACCCGCUGCUGCUUCGCCUCCCCUAAGCCCUCCACGCUCGGAAAAAAUGCUCCACCCGUGGGCUCCUUGCUCUGGCCCACAUGGCCGUCCACCUUCACCGUAACUCAAGAUGCCCUUCAUUCGCUUAAAUCUCCGAGAGGAACGAAAGUGCAGAAAAUCCAUAGCACACCACGGCUUCCACGUCGCCCCCACACCAUCAUCAUCCUCGGUCGAUCCUCCGCUCUGGCCACUCUCCUGCCCUCAUCACCGUCAUCACCCACCCAGACAGUUACUAUCGAGUAUCCAUGUAAAACCAAGGCCACAGAACCUUUUUCCCUUAAGUUCGACAGCGGAACGUUGGCGGGAACAGACGCUCUCACAGACGGCCAAACGUUGUCGAGCACGCUGUUUACAAGAGUAGCGAAGAACGACAGCAGCAGCGGAGGCCACGAUAACCAGGGUGAAUCCACAGUGACAGCGAUGCAGACGUUCGCAACCGCUUUAAGCUUCCGUCGCGCACGGGCCACCUCAAGCUACAGACCAGCGAGCCCUGAAAAGGAAGAGGGGAAACACAGGCGGUCGAUUAAAAAGAAGCAAGAGCCAACAGAUGUCAGGAGACGGCUGACCGGCGAGGAGAAUGAUCCCGCGGCGCCGAGGACCCUGGGACUGACGGAGGGUCCCCUCGGCGCGGCGCCGGACGAGAUUGGCCAAGACCAAGAGCUGUUCGCCGGCAUUCCGAACCCUGGCGUAUUUUCCCACGGAGGCGCUCGCCGGGCACGAGGAACCGCACAAGGGCCAGACGCAGGGAGGGGCGUGGGGCGACUCGGGGCCGCCUACGUGAGCGCGUUCGCCAUUACCUGA